CACAGACAUCUCAGAUAUAUCUCCUCUCCCUCUGUGCUCCGCAUGCCUCCCACCUUCUUUCUCUCCAUUUAAAACAGCAGCAGCUUCAGCUGCCUCACUGAGGAAAAGCACACUGUCAAGGUCCAUUGGUACCAGUCCUCACUUCUCUUCGAACAGAGGAAUAUCAGACCAGUGCACACAUGGAGGCUAACCGCAGUAGUCCAAUAGGAAGCACGCCGCCUUCCUCAUCUGCAGAGCAACCUGAAGGGCGCAUUUAUGAGGUAGCAGUGCAGAGCAACUCCACCAACCGCAGCUCCCAGUUUGCAGACGUGGCCCUGCUGCAGACGUUCAAGCCUCUCAUCAUCCCUUGUUAUGUGCUCGUGGUUGUCGUGGGCGUCGUCGGGAACUACCUGCUUCUCUACGUCAUCUGCCGAACUCGCAAGAUGCACAACGUCACCAACUUCUUCAUCGGGAACCUGGCCUUCUCGGACAUGCUCAUGUGUGUGACGUGCGUCCCCUUCACUCUCGCCUACGCCUUCAAUCCACACGGUUGGGUCUUCGGCCGCUCCAUGUGCUACUUGGUCUUUCUCAUCCAACCCGUCACUGUGUACGUCUCCGUCUUCACGCUCACAGCCAUCGCUGUGGACAGAUAUUACGCCACGGUUCACCCGCUGAAGAAGCGAACCACUGUGGCCACUUGUGCCUACGUCCUCAUCGGGAUCUGGCUGCUGUCCUGCGGCCUGGUGGCUCCGGCGGUGACUCACACCUACCAUGUCGAGUUCAAAGAAGAAGGCUUCACCAUCUGCGAGGAGUUCUGGUUGGGCCAGGAGAAGGAAAGACGGGCCUACGCCUACAGCACGCUGCUGAUCACAUACGUCCUCCCCCUUUCGGCCGUCUUUGUCUCCUACCUCUGCAUCACCGUCAAGCUGAAAAAGUGCAUCGUCCCCGGAAACAGGUCGCAAGACCAGGUGUGCGUUCACCAGGCCCGAAAGAGGAAGAUCUUCCGCCUCGUCGCUCUGCUGGUGUCUGCCUUUGCCGUUUGCUGGCUUCCCAUCCACGUGUUCAACGUUCUGAGAGACAUCGACAUCCACCUGAUAAACAAGCGAUACUUCCUACUCAUCCAGCUGCUGUGCCACCUCUGCGCCAUGAGCUCCUCCUGCUGCAACCCCUUCCUCUACGCGUGGCUUCACGAUCGCUUCCGCACGGAGCUGAGGAAGAUGAUGAAGUGCAACCGUCGCAUCGGAGUCCCCGCCAGCCACUGCGCAGCUGGAGUGGUUUUGUAACCUGCUUAUUUGUAUUUUGUGCAGAUGGGAACUUGACCAACGCUAUCCAUCAACAUGAAGUAUAGGUGCAACUCAGCCAUUGUCAAGCAGUAAAUAAUCUCCUAUGCACAAAACAAAAUCAAGCAAUUCACUGCUGUUCCAUCCAUCUGACAUGCUUCAGAAAACUGCCUCUAAAAACUGUCAGUAAAGCAUUAAAAAAAGACCUUAAAAACAGUGGAAAAGAUGUGAUCGUGUCACUAAUCUUCAAGAUUUGUAUAUAUUUGAUGAAACUUAAGUUAUUUACUUGAAAGCAAUCAUUUUUAUUGUUCAUAUAAAACAGUAAGAAGGAUUCACUUGUUGAUGAAACAAACUGUGUUUUAAAUUCAGGUGUACUAUGGUUGUGGUGGAACUCAAUUAAAAUGUUUUAUUGAGUUAAUUUCAGGGUCUCUAAUGAAUGAAUCGCAUUUUAAUUGAAAACUAUAUACUGAGAAAAUAAGCAACAUUUUCAAUUCAAAACCCCUUUUUGUUGUAAAGUAUUGAAUAAAUAGGCAUAUGAGAUCAAAAAUAAAGAUAUUUAUUGUUUUUAGUCUAUUAUUCAACCAUCUGAUAGUUGCAAAGUCUCCAUUUAGCUUUCAAGUGUUUCAGUGUCUCGUUUAUGUAACAACCUUGAUGUGAUAAAAUCACGUCCUCAAACCUAAUACGAAUAAUUUAUGUGCAAAAUUGAAGAAAUCUUGAAUGUUUUGUACAAUGUCAAGAGUUUACAGAGGAAUUGUAAUGACUAAAUGGAUUCUGAUUUAUAGUUUUGUUUAUUAAAGAUGAUGCUCUUC